CUGGUAUCAAAACUCAUUCCCAAUCCAAACGACAGAUAGAAGAAUUAUGUCAUCAAGAGGAAACCGACACACACUGACUGUACGUCAUAUCCAACAGGAAGAUUUCGGAAACUACAGUUGUGUUGCUGAUAACUCACUUGGACGAUCUCGAAAAUACAUGGAACUAUCCGGUCGUCCAGGACCAGCUGAAUUCUAUUCUCCCAAAUGGGGAAGAUCUUCGGACAGUUACAAUCUCACAUGGAAAAUCGACAGCUACCCACCCUUGGAGGAGGUCCGUCUUCUGUACCGUCGAGUGAUGAUGAAUGACACGUUUCAACAGCCAGGACGAUGGCAUGACUUUAUCCUUACGCCCGAGCACAGACCAGCAUCAGAACCAUUGACACACAUCAUGUCCUAUACAAUAAAGAAUCUUCAUCCGGGCGCGUAUUAUGAAGCGAUUGUUCAGGCUAAAAACAGAUAUGGAUGGAAUGAGGUCAGUGAUAUUUUCCAGUUCAUUGUUGCCAACAACAACGUCGAACUACCACCCGAAGAUGCCGAAGUUGUUGCUAGUUCAAAAUCCCGCAGCAACUCUUCAUCCCAAUUGUGCAUUCAUCAAACGAUUAUUUUUAUAAUAUCGUUUGCAUUUACGAUGUUACUUUUACGAACGAAUCAUUUUCGUGUGGGAUAAUUUAAUUUUUAAAUUGAUCUUAUGUUACAUUUAUUUUAAUUACUUUUUCAAACUAAAAAUAUUUUUAAUUUUCCUUCGAACCAAAAACAAAGAACUAAUGUAACAAAAUAUAUUAUUAACAAAAAUAAACAAAAAACGUAAAUAUUUUUCUUCAGAUGCAUAAUCAUUAAAAUAAAUGAGAAAGAAAAACAAAAACAAUUAUGAUAUAGAUUGUAUUGAAAAUAUACUUAGGUAGUUUAUGUUAGAUCUAUGUACGUAGAUUUAAGAAAACGGCAUAACCAUAAUUAAAAUAGAACAACAAAAAUCAUAAAUGCAAAGAAAUUCAAGGAUUUUAUUACUUAUUUUUCUUCUUUUUAUUUAACAAAUUAAAAGGAAAUAAGUAAUUUUAGCCUUAACAAAUUAUAUUAUGAAAAACCUUAAGAAAAAUUCAAUGACAUAUAAAAUACAUUUUCUAUUUAAAUGAAAAAUAAAAAUCUCAAAACCAAAAACAACGUAUUUUGUAGUUUUUAAAUCUUGAAUAAUUUUUCUGUUGCAAUUGCUAAUUUAAAAAAUACAAACAAAAAACAAAAGAAAUAAAAUAUGAAUUUGCUUUAAUCUUACACAAAAAAAUGAAAACCAUAAACUUACACGAAAAACUAUCUUAAAAGUUUGAUUUCAAGAAACCAAUUGAAUUACUAUAUUGUACAUACAUCGACCACUACGUAAUUUAUAUAAAUAUUAAAUUUAACACUUAACAUUUUAUUAUUUUGUUUUUCUGUAAAUAAACGCAUUUUAAAUUUAAAUUCUAAGAUUUUAAUUAUGUUUCACAAAAAUAAAACGCAAUAUACCACCAACAUUAAAAGUCGUUCGUUAUAAGCUAAAUUAUAUAAAUAUAUAAAAUUCAAAUAUCAAAAUGAUUGAAUUAAUAUAUUAUGAUUAUAACAUAACAUAACAUGACAUAUAAAGAGGGCCUGAAGUAAAACAUUGGUAUUUAAUUGAAUUUUUCAUAAAUUAAAAAAUUAUUAAAAUAACAAGUCACAGUCAAUUUAAAUACUUCUUGGAAAAUGCAGAAAUUAAAAUUCCCCCUCCGAAUUCGUUACAACAAAAAAAGAAAACCUGUAAAUUAUUUAACUAAAGAAAAACACAACUGAAAACAUUUAAAAAAAACAUAAAGUUAUCUAUACAUGAAAAAACACUUUACUGCAUUUUUGUUCACAACUUAAAAAUUUUGUUUUUUUAUUAAUUUUGUAAAUAAAUAAAAUUAGUAAAGUUAUAAGAAACAAAAAAAAAUUAAAAUUAAUAUUUAGUACA